AUGGAAAACUCCAGUCAAGGCGAGAUUACCUUACAGGGGAGAACAGCAUUUGUUACAUUCAUGGCGUUCAUCUCUGUCGCAGGAGCACUUGCAAAUGCUAUGGUUGUUUUGUCCAUCUUUAUCAAUGAAAACUUAAGGACCAAGACUAACUGGAUUGUUCUCAGCUUGGCCGUUGCAGAUUUUUUGGUCGCAACUGUUGCAAUUCCACUUCGACUGCUAGAGGGAAUAAACACUUCAAGUACUGUGUUAGUUUCUUGCAAUGUCGUCCUCGCGUUUAGUAUUUUAUUCGAUGGCGUUUCACGGCUCAACAUCGUUUUAAUAUCUUUUGAUCGUUUCAUGGGUGUUAGGUUUCCAUUUUUGUACGAUAAACAUGCGUCAAAAAGUGUGAUUUUGAUUCUCAUCGCAGGCUUUUGGAUUGUGAUGGGCGUGUUCGCUAUCUGUCUGUUAAGCGGUGUUGGAUUAAGGGAUAGCAAAGAUGAUUUCAAAGAGGGCAACGCGUCGAAAAUCUGUUUGUUAUCGAGUACGCUGUCAAAAGCCGCAGUUAUGGCUUUCACCAUGGGAUGCUGCUUAUUUCCUCUUCUUAUAGUGAUCCCUGUAAAUUGUUACCUUGUAAAGAAAAGCCACUGGCAUGCAAAGAAAAUUCAAGACAUACACAAAGGCCUACAUGCCAAUUACAGCCAAGACGAGGUCGAAACGAAUUCAAGAAAACAAAGCAAAGAUGUGGUUAUCCGACAGAGAAAAAAAGCCAAAAUGGUCGUAGUCUUAGUGUGUUUAUUUGUAGUACUCGUCGCUCCUAUAACCAUUAUAGAUGUUACUGAGACAUUGGGAAACUUGAAAGUUUCUCCAUAUUUGUCCCAAACGGCUGUUGCUAUGAUAUACUUGAACACUGCCGUCAACGUGUUCGUGUACGCAGCGUUCAGCAAGGCUUUUCGAGAAGCAUUUCUCAGAAUAUUUGUUAAGUGUAAAGGGAUUGUAAGAAGAUAG